AUGUGUUCGAAAACUAUUUUAGUUUUUUUAAUGUUAUCUGUGGUAUUUGCUUUUACAAUGGCUGAACAGAAUGACGUUGAAAGCAGAGGGAAGAAAAAGAAAAUAGCCUUAUUUGUCUACUUCGCGGAUUUAGUCAUCAAGAAGAUCUUCGUGUUAAAACUGAUAUACGCGUUCGUAUUCUGGGUGGUCCUUCACAAAGCUGGCUACUUCCUCACCUGGUUCGCCAGCUACCUCAAGGAGAAGAAGGAGGACGAUCACCACCAUCAUCACGGUCACCACUAUCCUGAUGCUCCACCGUACAUCCCAUACAGAAGAAAAACUGCACCAUACGCGUAUAGCACAAUAAACGAAUCAUAGUGAUUUGAACCUGAGGCAGGACAAUUAAGUAAA